AUGGAAGACGCGGAUUAUGCUCUCGCCUUGAGCAUCGCGCGAGCUGUUGAGACCGACGCCCCUUUGAUCGCAGCACUCCUCCGAGAGGAUGAACAAGCAGAAAGAGAUCGCAACCUGACUCGGCGACCCCAACAAGAUCCAGGACUGAGACCUGCCAUUCCAGCUCACGAAAAUGGUGCCCGGCCCGGAUACAUGGACAAGGAGAGUUUUGAUACCCUUCGGCUUUUCAACAUCCCACCACCUGCGACAGAUGCCGUGCUACCAACAGCAUACUCUGCAUCAACUGCGGUCGACAACAAACAUACGGCCAGCGAAGAUGCUGAAGGCAACAAGAUUCAAAGCAACAUCAAUGACCACCGGUACCCUCGAGAUCUCGGCCGAAAGUUGGAUCUAAAUAUUGUUCAUGACAUGUCCCAGGACGAUGGCCCAGCCGAAAAGUCAGAGACGGAGGAGGAUCCUGUCGAGUUCGAUAAAUACCUUGACGAUAUGCGAUCAAGACUGGCCCGCCUAACCCUAACCAGUUCUCAUGCUGUUCAACCCCCCGAAACCAGAGAGUGCACCUCCUGCAGUGACAAACUCCCUGUAUCCGAGAUAUUCGAAACACCAUGCUCUCACAAGUUUUGCCAAACAUGCCUAGCCAACUGGAUCCAGACAUCGAUGCGAGACGAAUCCAGCUUCCCACUGAAGUGCUGCAAACAGAUCAUUCCCAUCGCCCCCGACAAUCCUCUCAUCUCUAAAGAGCAAUUCGAGGGAUAUGAAGCUAGGAAGGUCGAGCUAGAGACACCCAAUCGUACUUACUGCAGUGACGCUGCAUGCGCAGCUUUCAUACCCCCACGGACGAUGGGACAAGGGAUGUCUUGGCUAUGGCGGACACUAAAGGCUGGAAACAGUGUGGGCGAUGCCACCACAUGGUUUCGCUCUCUCUUGGUUGCAACCACAUCACUUGCCGUUGUGGCUUCCAUUUCUGCUACGCCUGCGGCGAACGGUGGAAGACCUGCGGCUGCCCUUAUCUCCAGAUCAGGAACCUCCUGGAUGGGCAAGCUGAGGAUGAAGAUCUAA